AUAAAAUUGUAGAAAUUAUAUAUAAUUGAUGCGAAAGGCGUGUUUAACGGGAGAGUUGUGAACAAGAAGAAGACUCAAAAACUUCUCUCAAUUCUAAAAGCUCGAUUUUUUUAUUUUUUUUUGGUUCCUUCAAACUUCAAAGUAAAAUCAUGGCAAUUUUCGAUCUUUCGUCGAAAUCAUUCGAUAGCCAUUUGAAUUUUCCGAGAACUUUCGAUGAUCAUUCAGAUUCCGGCGUCUGUUCGCCUCCUCUGUGGAGAACGAGUCCACCGAAAAGUCCUGCUCAUCUUCACAACAAUUACCAGAAUCUCUCACCUGUUACGAAGGCUCAAGUCAUCGCUCGUGGUCAGCGUGAGCUUAUGGAUAUGGUUAGUAAGAUGCCCGAGUCGUGUUACGAGCUUUCGUUGAAGGAUCUCGUUGAGGUUAACACGGAGGAGGAGAAGGUGUUCGAUGAAAUGCCUCAGAGAGAAAAAAAGCCGAGGAAAGUCGUGAGGAAGACGAAGAGUGAUAAAUGGGUGGAUCCGAUUCGAAACGGAGGUGUUAAUAAUAGUGGGUUUCUUCUGAAACUGGUGUUUCCUGUUAGCUUGGGUGCUAAGAAAAAGACUAAUAAGAAGAAAGAUAAUGAUGAUGAUGAUUCUUCUGUGACAAGUAAAAGGUCUUGGAUUUCUUCUCCUAGACCUUCGAUCUCUGAUCUGUCGAUGAAACGAGAGGAUAAAGAUUGGUGGAAGGAUGGAUUGUCAGAAUCUCGUAGGAGUCAAAGUGUUGUCUCGAGGAUCAACAGUGGGAGCUCAAAGAGCAGUGGUGGUAGUAGCAGUAGAAGCAAUAGUGAUCGAAGCCGAAACAGUCUAAGGUAUCCACAAACUCUGGCCAAUUUAUUUAGGAAUCCGUUGAGGUGUUUUGCAUCUAGUUCUAGAAUUUGCUUUUUCUGAGCUUUGUUUUUCUUGAUAGUUUCCUUUAGUGUUGAAUUGUUUUGUGAUAGUCUUCUCUCUUCAUCAUGUGAAUCGUGUAAAGAGUUUGUGAAAUUGGUCGUUUUUUUUCGUUGGUGGGUUUGAAGUUAAUGGUCAUGGAAAGUGUCAAUUUAGUUGCGUUGGUUGCACGAGAUUUUGACCUCAAGUUUUAGACUUCUUUGAGGGAUUUGAACUAUAUGCCUAAGUCUCUUUGUCUAUUUUUCCUAAUUUUGUAACACAAUCUCUUGUGCCGUCGCUACAACUUUUGGUGUUCUAAAUGUUUAAAUUGUGGGGUUUCUUAACACAGGGAUGAAAACAGGGGAUGCUUAUCUUUCCUCUGGAAUGUACAUCCACGAGAUUGAAAUGAAAAAGUUCUUCAAUGGUUAUUCACUUCUUUGGCUAAGAAGACUAACCGGUUCAUAUACUCGAGACACGUUUAGUGGAGUCUAUAAAACCAGAGGACAUGAACAUCGUCUUCAAUGUACCACAAAGAUUCUAUCUUUCUUCUUCUUCUUGUGGUUCUCUGAGUUUUUAUUUUUGUAAGUCUACGCAAUGUAUCUAUAGAGUUCUUGAUAAUGAUUUGUAGAUAGAUACUUCAGCGUUUGCUAACAUAAAACAUUAAUAAUAGUGUACCAAUGUUCAUCAAUAAAUAUCAAAAUUUUAUGUUUUUUGAAAUCUUAUGUACUUGAUUCACUACCGACUACUUAAUAAGUAAUCGUUGCCUUCACUUCAACUUCAAC